AUGAAAACGAUAUGGACAGGACUCCAAGGUUUGAAACCAGUGAUGCUUAUGGUUUUGGUUCAACUUGCUUAUGCUGCAGUUAAUGUGCUCUACAAGCUUGCCAUCAAUGAUGGAAUGACUGUUAAAGUUGCUACUGCUUAUCGUUUAGCUUUUGGUUCAGCUUUCACUGUUCCCCUUGCUCUCAUUUCUGAAAGAAAUAAGAGGCCAAAGCUGAGUUGGAGAGUACUUUUCAUGGCUUUUCUUUGCGGCUUGUUUGGGGGAAGCUUAUUUCAAAAUCUAUUCUAUGAGGCUUUGGCUUUAACAUCAGCAACAUUUGCAUCUGCGAUCUACAAUCUGAUUCCUGCCAUCACCUUUAUCAUGGCAAUUUCCUGCGGUUUUGAGAGAUUAAAUUUAAGAGCAGCAGCUGGAAAAGCCAAAGUGCUGGGAACUCUAGCUGGAAUUGGUGGAGCAAUGAUGUUAAUUUUUCUCAAAGGUGUUGAAAUUAAUAUCUGGCCAUUUCACAUCAACCUUAUGCAUCCACAUCAACAUCAAAAUAGCCAUGUUGAUUUUGGUAGUAAAUGGUUGGGUGUUCUAUGUGCAGUAGCAAGUUGUUUCUCUUUUGCUCUAUGGCUCAUAAUUCAGGCUAAGAUGAGCAAAGAAUACCCAAGUCAUUACUCAAGCACAGCUUUAAUGUCUACAAUGGGAGCAAUACAAGCCACUGGUUUUGCUCUUUGUUUUGAAAAAGAUUGGAGCCAAUGGAAGUUGGGUUGGAAUAUAAGACUUGUAGCCGUCGCUUAUUCGGGAAUCGUUGCGUCUGGAUUAGUGGUUAUUGUGACAUCUUGGUGCAUAAAGAUGAGAGGCCCACUAUUUGCAUCAGUUUUCAACCCUUUAAUGCUUUUGUUUGUCACCAUUGCUGCUUCUUUGAUGUUGGAUGAAAAACUAUACUUAGGAAGUUUGAUAGGAGCAGUGUUGAUUGUGUGUGGAUUAUAUAUGGUUCUUUGGGGUAAGAGUAAAGAGAUGAAAAAGAUUGCUCAAUUGGCUACAUCAAAAAUUGCACAAGAAGCUGAAGAAGAUAUUGAAGUUGUUGUAAUGACUACACCAUUAGAACUAGAUCAUGAUAAAUUACAUGUCUCCAAUAACAAUCACAUUGAAGUUGAUAAAGAUGGAGAAAUUAAGAGUAUUGGAGAUGAUCCAAAGUGA